AUGCCUACCGAGGCUACCAUCCAAGCGGAUGUCGCUCCGGGUAACGAAACUGGCAUCUAUUACAUUACUAUUUGCAACUUACCGUUCGGAACAUCAUGGCAGCAGUUGAAAGACUGGACACGAACUGCAUGCGUUGUUGACCACAUAGAAGUCUUCCAAGGCAGUACCUCUGGAUGGGUUCGAGUCAAAGGGAGAGAAAACUUUGAGAAUGCCUGGGCAGGUCUCCUCAACGGCGGUGUUUUCAAUGGACGCUUGAUUGUUGCGUCUGAUAAGAACCGCAGUCAUUCCAUCAAGAUCAGGGAACUUGUCAUGCCGCCGCAAAGAACUCAAAAACCACAACAAGGAGCCCAAAUGCCACAGCAAGGGCCUCAGAUAUCACAACAAAGACCUCAGAUACCACAGACACCGCAAUACCAGCCUGCCCCUGUCCCGCCAACCCGUCAUAUGCUGCCAACACCGAUGACUGCACCGCCUCCGUAUUCUAUAGCACCCGAGCAGAUCAGCGACCCCAGAUUCGUCAGUCAUCCUCUUUCGACCCAAGGUUAUACCCAGCAACCACCGAUCAUAGUAGCAACAAGCGUACCGUUUGGGCCCGCGACGUAUGCGGCUGUAGGACCAGGCAGUUAUUACGCCUAUGACUAUGAGACUAGAAGCUCACAUAAUCCAAUUGCUUACGCUCCGCCAAAUCAGCCUGAGGGGCCGCAAUUCGCUCUACCUUAUCCUGGCCUCGACGAGCACUCUGACUUUUACCACGAAUGCAAAUACUCCACUAGAGAACCACCUUAUAGGUCGGAAUGGGUCUUGACGGAGCCAAGAAAAAUACAUGUGUCACCAUUCCCGCAACAGGCGCGUGCUGAGGACGUCAAGUCGUGGAUACGACGCAGGGUAGACAAGACCAAGAUCGAUUCUAUGGAGAUUCCAAAGAACAGCAACAGCAAAUACCUCAGAGGCUACGUCCUAGUCGUUUUCGACAGUGCCUCGGCCGCGAAUAUGGCUAUAGAGCAACUAAACAAAGCACGCUUUCAAGGCCGGAGAGUGAUAGCGCGACCCACUAGAGAAAGUGCGGUAGUCGAACAACCUGGAUUUUCGCAUGAAACGACUACCUGGGGCGAGCCCAAGUCAGCCGAUACGAAUACUCCAACAGCCGGUCAUCGCGCAAGAGACGGGGACCGUCAUAGAAACGAGAAGACACAGCGACCAAAGAACAGAGAGACCAAGUCAGGAAGCUCUGAUAAGAAGAAGGCGCCACUGCCAGACAAGAAAGCAUCGGGAUCAAAGGGGGACAAGAAAUCGUCAUCCAAGAAGCCCCCCUCUCAAGAAGAGAUCAGCAGGAAAGACGAAGGGCCGGUUGUUGUAGAUGGAACAUGCCAACGUCACGACAAGUAG